AUGUCGUUAGUUGAAGAGCCAAUGAUUGUCAAUAAUGGCAAAAAUCACCCCACUCACCACAAUGCUUCAAAAUCAAUACAAAAGACAAAUCACUCUAAAAGCAUUGUUUUAUGUUUUGAUGGUACAGAAAAUGAAUUUGGUCCGAAACCAUUUACAAAUGUUUUGAAGUUGUUUCAGAUGUUAGAUAGAAACAACUCUAGUCAAAUAUGUUACUAUCAACCUGGAAUUGGAUCCAAAUUCAAUGCUGACAUUAAUAAUGUUUUUGAAAAGAACUUUACUAGUACUGUUUUAUCUAAAAUAACCAACAGGGCGGAUUCACUUGUUGCCUUUACACUUGAAAAGCAUGUAAUAGCCGCAUACAGUUUUCUUACUAGUGUUUACAAAACAAAUGAUAAAAUUUAUUUAUUUGGAUUUAGUCGUGGAAGUUUUACCGCUAGAAUCAUCGCUGGAAUGAUUGAGUUGCUUGGUUUAGUGAACUCUGGAUUAGAAGAUAUGGCCCCACUUGCUUGGAGAAUAUACACAAGUUGGGAGUAUGCGGGACAACCAGUUAUUCAUUCAGAAAACAAAACCCUGACCAUGGCCAAAGAGUUUAAGAAAUCUUUUUCUCGUACCGAUGUAAGAGUGCAUUUUAUGGGGUUGUGGGAUUCAGUAAAUUCUGUAGGGAUUCUUUGGGAUCGAAUGUUUCCAUACACCAUCAAAACCGCCAAUGUUGAUCACACCAGGCAUGCCAUUAGUAUUGAUGAAAGGAGAUCCAAGUACAAACAGCAGCUUUUCUCGCCAAUAGAGUCAAGUGACGUAGGUAGUAAAGGCAGUAAUACAUAUAGUUCCCCAAUCAGUUACGGGCUGUUUACAUCAGUGAGAUCGUUAGUUGAUAUACUUAAACAAUUUGUGGAAAGAUUCAAUAGAAGAAAACUGCGACCACUACCAGCUAUUAAUGAUUUAAUCGAAGUAUAUUUUCCGGGGAAUCAUGGGGAUAUUGGAGGCGGGUGGAAGGCGUCACUGGAUAAUCAAGUAUUAUCAAGUGUUUCUCUUAGGUGGAUGCUUGCUCAUGCAAUUAAAUAUGGGGUAAGGUUCCAGCCACAAUCAAUUUCACAAUGGUCUUCAGAUCACCCUCCAAUAUCUAGUUUUUUAUCUCCCAAUCAUGAUAUAUUGUCAUUUUCUAGCAAAUCACCCGAUAGUAGGUCUGACAUCGUUCUUCCAGAGUUUCCCAUAAAACUAUUUGCGGGGAGAGGAGAAGAAUCGUUUUUGUAUGUUCUAUUCUGGUGGAUUUUGGAAUUGAUUCCCUUUUUAAGAAUCACCGAGAUCCAAGAAGAUGGGUACUGGAAACGAGCUUUUGUACCUAACUUAGGAAAACACAGAGUUCUCCCAAGCACUAGUUUGUUUCAUUGGAGUGUAUUUUAUAGACUUCAUUAUGCAGCGGAUUACAAUCCGAAAAACUUGCAUAACCUAUCAUUGGGUGAAAAGUUUAUAGAGCUGUUGAUGCAAUUCAAAAUUUUCAAAUUUAAUGAAAUAUACUCCUAUUCAGAAAACCUCACUGUUAAAAAAAUCAAAAAUGACUGGACACCAAGAUUUUGGAAAAAAGUCCCCGACGAAUUGAGUGAGUAUCUAGAGAAAGACGCCAACUUGUAA